CUGUGACGUCAGCCGGGCGGCUGUCGUCGCGGAGCCGCCGCCAUGGGGAAGAGCCGGGCUCGGUCGGCGAAGGCGGCGAACGUCUUCCGCAUCGCCCGCAGCGGCGCCGUCAAGGCCAAGGCGAAGGGCAAGGCGCGGCCCGUCACCUCCGGGCUGAAGCAGAUAAACAUUAGAAAUGCUGAGAAAGUUAGCACAAUAAAUAAAGCAUUUGCUGAAGUUCAGAAAGAAGUACAGCAUCUAUCAAAAGGCACUACAGCAGAACCUCAGAAGAGUCAUAAGGUUUCCACAAAUCUGGAAGAGGAACCCGCAAAUGUGGAUGCUGCCACAAGCCUGUUAUCUCAGUUGUAAUGCAUAAUGGACAAUGAAGGGAUUGCAAGAAAUGAAGAUCACAAAUACUGAUGGCUUUGUUUGUACAAUUUUAUUAAAAAAAAUCUUGUUAAUA